ACACACUGUCUUGUGGGUCCAAUUCAUUGUGGUCAUGGAUGGGCCCGGGUAGGCAGUGACACUUUAGUUUUCUUCUAUGUAGGAAAAAAAAUGAAGCGACUACCCUUAACAACAACAGGAAGAAAAAAGAACUUGACUAGGAGACCAGGACCAUUUGCAUUUCCCUAUAAGUAACCCCCACAGGUCCUUCCUCUGCCCCCACUCUGCUGUGCUCCCGAGGAAAGAACACUACAGUAAAGUAGAGCUAAAUCUUCUCCACUGAGCAAUGGCGGAAGUGGCGACCAACGGCUCGGAGGUGCUCGCCGCUCCGGCGGCCGUGCAGGCGCCGGCGGUGUUCACCGGCCUGAAGGUGCAGGUGACGGUCCCGGCAGGGCGCGCCGAGGAGGCGGUGGCCUUCUACAAGGCCGCUUUCGCCGCGGAGGAGGUAUCCCGCUCCACCCACCCCAAGCGCAAGGGCGACGGCGAGGAGGCGGCGCUGCUGUGCGCCGAGCUGAAGGUCGGGGCGGCGACCCUGCUCGUCUGUGACCAGGCCGGCGACGACGUCCCCGCCGUGGGCAAGGAGGGCGCCGCUGCUAGCGGCCUCGUGCUGCGCCUGGAGACCGACGACGUGAACAACGCCGCGGCGCAGGCGGCGACCGCCGGCAGCACGCUGCAGGGGGAGGUCACCGAGGAUGGCUGCGGGCUGGGCGCUACCCUCGUCGACCUCUUCGGCGUCACCUGGGUCCUCGCCUCCUCCACCUCCGCCAAGAAGUGCGCCUAGAACGUCGGCCUCCGGUCGCCGCCGCCGGAACGAUGCGCUCCUCAAGCACUUGAGAAUAAUCUGUGGACUGUGAUGGCAUGGUAGUGUAGUAGUAGUUGGUCGGUGGAUGUUCUGAUGGUCGUUAAAUUUCAGCAUGGUUUUUUUAAGUAUCGGUCCUGGUGUCUGGACAUUGAUGUGGAACUUGGAACAUUGAUGGGUUAAUGGUGUUAUGUAGGUAAUUGGGCAGUUGAUCCAUCCUUGUUUUCGAUUGCGUUUCAUGUGGGGUUGCGAUGAAAUGGUGUUAUAUUUUCA